ACAUACGUCUAUGGUCAGCACGCAGCAGAGAAACACCGUGACAUUGACUAGUUGCAUUCUUAAAGUACAAAAUGAGCGUUAUUCUGUCUUUUACACAACUGCGUGGAUUAACCCAGUUUAGCAGGUCCUUCAGCAGCUGGUUUGUCUCCAGCACAACUGCAAGACCUCAGAUCUCCAGACUGCCAGGGCCACUAGUUUCACAGGCAGAGGGCUGUGGAGUGUUCCAGCAGCCCCCCGGACAGUACCAGCAGGUCCGGACCCGUAAAAGGGGCACAGAGUAUCAGCCAAGUAACGUCAAGCGUAAAAGAACCCAUGGCUGGAUCAAGAGGCUCAGCACGCCCGGCGGCAUCAAGGUGAUUCUGAGGCGCAUGUUAAAAGGACGGAAAUCCCUCACGCACUGAGAGCAGUGAUUGAUUCUCUGAGACGUGUGAGGAAGUGGCUUCAAACUGCACGAUGUGCUCAGAAUGUCACCAAGAAGCUGUGCAUUGGAUGACGCAAGGUGUGGGGGCGGAGUUAUGCUUUCACAGUAAUGGCAUGUGAAUGAAGUGAACUUUCCCAACAAAUUUCAUCAACGAGGAAAGACCUGCUAGCAUCACCUUCUAUAAUGUUGUGGUCAGAGUCAUCAAACGUGUCUUCUUUUUUCUGUGAAAGCAUUUUGUUCACAAACAAACUUGCUCUAAUAAAAUGAUUUUCUGAU